AUGAGCGAGAAACAGAAUAACUUUGUGAAAAUAUGGGCUGUUGUGGCGCCAUUGGCGGCUCUAGCGGGGCUUUAUUACGUUCACUCGAGAAGAAGGCGAACUGAUGCUGAGUAUGUAGCACCAAGUAUCAAAGAAGUUGCGAAACGAGUUGAUCCACCACAAAGCUCGAAAAAGGCUAAAGCAGCUAGCAAGACAGCCGCUCUAUCUUCCGAAGAAAAGGAAAAAGUUCCUGAGAAGGCACAGGAAGAUGUUAGUAGACCAAGGGUUGACUCGGGUAUUUCUACCAUGGAUUCAAGCAAUAGUCAAGCUCCAGAGCUAGUAGCACCUGAAACGAUAGAGGAAUGCUCUACUGCUCAGCUUGAAGCUGAAACUCCCCAGGUAGAAACGAAUACGAAAAAGGAAGAUCCAUCAGAAGAUGAGGAAGAGGAAGAACUUAUUACUGUUUCGAAAGAAGUUGUUUGUGUAAACUCUGCUCCUGCCGUCCUUAUGGACAGUCCAGAGCCAGAAGCAGAGGCACAAGAAGACACGGAAGAGAUUGUUGAAGAAAUCGUGACAGAAGAGAAAGUCGAAGUUGAAGCUGUAAAUGGCCGAUGUUCUUCGGAAAAGUCCUAUGAGAUCAUCGAAUGCGCGGAAGUUAACGGAGAAGAAGACUCACGGGAGUCACUCGAAUUCGAGAUUGACACAAAAGAGCCACUGACAAAUGUGACUGAGAUUGUUGAAGAGGAGUCUACUUCUACCUCUGCUUCUUUAACGACGGGCGCUUCAGGCGCUACCGCAGCAUUGCCAAAGCACAUGGCGCUGGAUCGUCGGACAAGAACGGAAUCUGAAAAUCGAGACUGGGACAAUUGGGCUGAUUCUCCCACGAUGAAGGUGAAGAACACCCCCGUUGUGAAGGAAAAUGGAAGCUCAAAGAGCUCCAAGUCGAAUGGAAAGGCAAAGGAAAAUGGAAACACUCCAAAUUCGAGAAAUUCCGAGAGAAAAUCCAAGAACGGUAGCUCCAAUGGACUUUCUAAAAAGGCUAAGAACUUGAAGAAGGUGAUGGAGGCUUCGAACGAAAACGAUAACAGAGAUUCGACGACUCCUGACUCUGCCAAAGAAUCGGACGCCUCAAAGACGAAGUCGAAGAAGCGCAGAAACGGAAAGAAGAAGAAGUCCUCGAGCACUUCCACAUCCAAGUCGUCAGUGAAAGCUCCAUCGAGCGAUUCAGGAACGGCGACUGAUGACAAUAUCGAGCGAUAUAUGGAGAUUUCCGGCUUCCCAGCGUCAAUGGUUGGUGCGCUCAUUGGUCGAAGCGGCAAGAACAUCAAGACCAUCCAAGAGCAGUCAAAGUGCAAGGUCCUCGUGAAGGAAUACCCAGUCGAAGGAGGCGGACAAUACAUUGCUAUUGAAGGUACGAGCAAAAACAUCCUCAAGGCAGUCAAAAUCCUGAAAGAACGCUUCCCAGACGUCAACUUCUCACAAGAACUGCUAGAGGAGACCCUUUCUAAUUCGCCUCUUGUCCCACAGGAGCCUGCUGGUACCGGCUACGAGGACUACUACUUUGACUACAGCGCGACUUACGAAGGCCCUACUAACAACGAGGGACAAGUCGAGCUCGUCCGAGGUGUCCCAGUUGAGGUGCGAGUCACCUCUCUUGGACCAGACUUCAACGAUGUCUGGCUUCAGCCCUAUACCCACCCAUCGCACGACAAGUUCUACUCCUUCGAGUCUAGCAUGUGCGAGUUUUACAACGCCGACGAGUCCAUCUCCAUCAUUCCUCCGUCCCAAUACCUGCCCUUCGGCUCUUACGCGGCUGUCCUUCAUCAUACAACUGAUGAAAUUACUGGAAAGGAAGUCGGAAAGUGGUACAGAGUUCAGAUCUACCAAUACACCGACGAUUACAACGCAAUGGUGCUCUAUCUGGACUUUGGAAACUACGCUUCCGUCCCUACUGAAAUGAUCCGACAACUCAUGCCUGAAUUCCAUCCCCAUGAGUGUGGCAUUCCUUUCCAGGUUGUUCACGCCCAACUUGAAGGUGUCGAAAACCCGACUGAUAAUGUUAUGGGACCAGUAGUCUACGAUAUUAUCCGCAAAUCUCCGCAAAGCUCGCUUGUGGCGGAGGUAACUGGCUAUGAUGAGCUAGCAAAGCCAGUCGUAAAGUUGAUGUAUUAUACUGGAGGACAGAAGGUGCUUAUUAACGAUAUUGUGAACGAGACGGUGACAGCUCUCAAACGAAAGCAAAGUAAAUCUGCAGAAAGUAUAAAGCCAUGGUUUGACAACUUCUUUCAACAACUACAAUUUCUCAAUCAAAUUGAAAAUUGA